AUGCUCUUCAACAAAGUCUUUGCCGUCUCCGCACUCACUACUCUUGUUGCGGCCGCGGCCAUUGGGCGCCGCGGUAUAGAAUUUAACACCCAAUGCCAGGGCCUUCAAUGCUGCCAACAGGUUGGGUCCGCGACCGACCCCGCUAUUAUUACCCAGGCUACCAGCCUUGGUGUCCCUUAUUAUGUCUUGACGGGUCUCCUUGCCAGCGUCGAAGUUGGUCUCAACUGCUGGCCCGUUACCAUUUUCGGUGGUGGCACCAGUGCAUGCUUUCCUGGAGAAACCUCUGUUAUUUGCAAUGACAACAGCCACGGCGGUCUCAUCAACGUCGGAUGCGUCCCUGUUACCGUCUAA